AACUCCCCCUUGCCAGCAACAAUGGCUCUACCAAUAAACCCCAUGGACGAACCCAGGAUGUACCAGCAGACAUUGCUCCAGGACGGCCUGUACGACCUGCUGGAGAAUGAGAAGCUGGUCGACUGUGUGCUGAAGAUCAAAGACAAGGAGUUCCCCUGCCACCGGCUGGUCCUGUGUGCCUGCAGCUCGUACUUCCGCUCCAUCUUCCUGUCUGACCUGGAGGAGAGCAAAAAGAGAGAGAUUGUCUUGGAGGAUGUGGAGCCAGGGGUCAUGGGGUUGAUCCUCAAAUACCUGUACACCUCCAAAAUCAAUGUGACAGAGCAGAACGUCCAGGACAUCUUCGCAGUGGCUAAUGUGUACCAGAUCCCUUCAAUUUUCACUGUAUGUGUGUCUUUCCUACAAAAGCGCCUGAGCCUCAGCAACUGCCUGGCUAUCUUCAGGCUCGGCCUGAUGCUGGACUGUCCCAGGUUGGCUAUCUCUGCUCGAAACUACGCCUGUGAGCGUUUCCAGCUCAUCUCCAGAGAUGAGGAUUUCCUCCAGCUGCUCCCCAGUGAGCUGGCAGCCAUUUUAGCAAAUGACAAACUGAACGUAGAGACAGAGGAGGAAGUGUUUGAAGCUUUGAUGAAAUGGGUGUCCUGGGACACGGAAAGCAGAGAGAAAGAGCUGCCAGGUUUGCUGGAUUGCGUUCGUUUGCGUCUGGUCAACGAGGAUUACCUGAAGGAAAAAGUGGAGAAACACAAACUGAUCUCCUCUAAUCCUGAGUUGCAGCAGAAACUCCAGCUGGUCUGGGAUGCUCACGCUGGGAAAAUGCCAGAGGUUAAAAAAAGCAAGAAGGAGGACGGCGGAGCGGAGAAAGCUGGAGAGAAUGAGGAUGUAGAGGAAGAAGAGGUUCUUCUCCCAGGUAUCUUGAAUGACAACAUGCGAUUUGGCAUGUUUGUCAGGGACUUGAUCCUAAUGGUGAAUGAUACAGGUGCAGUGGCCUACGAUCCGACAGGGAACGACUGCUUUGUGGCAUCACUGUCCACACAGAUUCCCAAAAACCACAUCAGCCUGGUCACCAAGGAGAACCAGAUCUUUGUGGCAGGAGGAUUAUUCUUUGAUGAACAGAACAAAGAGGACCCACUGUGCUCUUAUUUCCUACAGUAUGACCCGGUCAGCGCUGAUUGGCUGGGGAUGCCUCCCAUCCCGUCUCCCCGCUUCCUUUUUGGGCUGGCUGAGGCCGAGAACUCCAUCUUUGUGUUGGGAGGGAAGGAACUGAAGGAGCAGGAGCUCAUGCUGGACUCAGUUUUGGUCUAUGACAGACAAUCUUUUAAAUGGGGUGAAUCAGAGCCAAUCCCUUAUCAAGUCUAUGGACAUGCAACCAUAUCACAUAAUGAUGUUGUUUAUGUGAUUGGAGGAAAGGGAGACAACAAGAGCUGUCUAAAGCAGAUGUGUGCAUAUGACGCCAAGAGAUUUGAAUGGAAAGAGCUUGCACCCAUGAAGGUUGCUCGUUCUUUAUUUGGAGCCACCGUUCAUAAUGACAAAAUAUAUGUGGCAGCAGGAGUCACCGACACUGGGCUGACGGACUCUGUGGAGGUCUACGACAUCGCUGCCAACAAGUGGUCAGACUUUGUAGCGUUUCCCCAGGAGCGUAGCUCUCUGAACCUGGUGUCUUUGACUGGCUUCCUCUAUGCUGUAGGAGGUUUUGCCAUGAUGCCUUUAGAGGACAGCGACGAGAUCCUUCCCAAAGAGAUGAACGACAUCUGGAGGUUUGAUGAGACAGAGAGGAAGUGGAAUGGGAUCCUCAGAGAGAUCCAGUACGCUUCAGGGGCCACUAUUCUGGGGACCCGCCUCAACACCCUGCGUCUCACCAAGAUGUAA